AUGCGACUCCUUUCUUCUCUAAUUGCCCUCUGCGUCCUCGACCCGGCGAGCCUCGCCGGCUCGUCCGCCGAACCCCACCCCGAACACCAGCAGCGACCAAUCUCUUCCUCUUCGAGCGACGAUGGGUACCCCGGGGCCAAUAGCGUCUCCACAGCCCUUUUCGCCUCACUCGAGCGCCUCGCCCGCCUAGUCGACAUCACAUACUGCGUCGGGACCACGGGCAUCUCCCCGCCCUUCUCGUGCGCCUCGCGCUGCAAGGAGUUCCCCAACCUGCAGCUCGUGUCGACGUGGAACACCGGUGUGCUGAUGAGCGACAGCUGUGGGUACGUGGCCGUGGACCAUGGCUCCGGCUCCAAGCACGGUGCAGGCGGCGGCGGCGGCGGCGGUGCUGGCCAAGACGGCGCCAUCGUCGUGGCCUUCCGCGGGACGUACAGCAUCACAAACACGGUCAUCGACCUAAGCACCGUGCCGCAGGAGUACGUGCCGUACCCGGCGCCCGACGACGGGAAAGGCAACGGGACGGAGAACAGGUGCGCGAACUGCACCGUCCACAUGGGCUUCCUGGAGUCGUGGACGCAGGCGAGGAAGCUGGUGCUGCCGGUGCUCAAGAGCGCGCGCGCGAGGCACCGCGGCUACCCGGUGCAUCUCGUCGGCCACAGCCUCGGCGGCGCGGUCGCGCUGCUGGCGGCGCUGGAGCUCAGGGUCGCGCUGGGCUGGGACGACCUGGUCGUCACGACGUUCGGGGAGCCGCAGACCGGCAACGACGGCUUCGUGGACUACGUCGACCGCGUCUUCGCGCUCGGCGGCCUCGACGGCUACGACCCGGACCUGGAGAAGAGGGUGUACCGGCGGGUCACGCACGUCGACGACCCGGUCCCGCUGCUGCCGCUGAGCGAGUGGGGCUACAGGUCGCACGCGGGGGAGGUCUUCAUCGCCAAGUCCGAGCUCUCGCCCGGCGUCGAGGACUUGAGGCUGUGUCGCGGGGACGAGGACCCGGCGUGCAUCGCGGGCGCUGACAGUGCUGUGCUGGCCCGGAUGGCCGAGGUCAUGAAUGAGGUACCUCGAGCGGAGCGUAAGGGUGAAGGCUGGCUAGACACCCUGUCGGAUACGAUGGCUGGUAUCCCAUCAAGACUGAAGCUUUGGCAACUAUUGUUUGCCCAUCGGGACUAUUUCUGGAGGCUUGGCCUAUGUGUUCCUGGGGGUGAUCCGUCGGACUGGGGCCGGCCGCCGUAUAAUGUCAGCUCGCAUCCUGAUGAGUUGUGA